AUGUCUGACACCGAUCGAGUGGUGGAAGGACAUAUUGCUCUUCUUGCACCGUCGACGAGCCCGUCAAAAGAUGGUGUGAGGGUUCCCGUCAGUAUCAUUAAUUUUGAGCCCACCGUUGCUCCUACCGGCUCAUUAAAUUCUCCAACUCGACGAACUGUGAUCAAAGACUCGUGUCACAUCAGCUCACCAACGUCAUUUGUACAAUCUCCGAUUGGAUUUUCAAUUGGAGGGGGACAUGCAUUGACUCCCGUAGAUCCAGCAGAGCCAGAAGAUGGUGACAUCGAGCCUAAAGUGUAUGUGCCGUAUAAACGGGUAUCAAACCUCCCUCCUCGUAAGGUCGAAGUUGAACGAAAAAAGCGAUUAUACGAAGCAGUUGAUCUUGGUGCACUGCUUCAACAGCGAAUGAACGACUUCUACAGCUCAUCCUUAUACAGAAAGAUAAACAUGGAUGUCAGCGGCACUGCAAAAAUUAUUCUCGAUGGCUUGGCUCUCUACUUGUUUGACGACGAGAGUUAUGAAAUUCAUGAACCCGAAGAAUGGAUCAGAUUAGGCCGUAAGCGUAACGGAAGUGUUCGAAUCCCUGUCACUGCCGCGUCUUACAACAUUCGUGGCAUUGUAACUACUUGGCAUAACGCAUACGUGAAAGACUAUAACUCCGAGACGAGACUUUUCUCUGUAGAAUAUCAGCGUCAGGACACGAUGGCAAUCAAAGAAUGCAGACGAUUGGAUAUUUGUUUUAAAGUCGAGGAUCCUAAUAAUUUUGCUGAUCGAUAUAUUGCUGCGCAAGUUGCUCGUAUUCAAGCGCAAAACUUGUUGCGAAAGAGUUUUUACAUCGAUUGCAUGCCUUCCGAUAAUUUACAUAACCUUGGAGAUGGCAGUCUGACCAAAAUCACUCGCUUAGCAACUGCAGUGUUUCAAAGAAAAAAUCUUCGGUUUCCGAAUACGACACACCUUGCGCUUGAAAUUCAGCGCAGUUACUUGCGCACAAUGUGCGCAAUCGUCUUUGACUAUCAUCACGAAAAUGGACGGAACAAGGAUAUUUUUCAAGGUUUUCUGACGAAAGAUGAGCAGAUGUUGGCUGAUGUUUGUCCGAAAGUACAUGUUUUACUUUUGAACAAGCGCAUCAUUGCUUCUCCUAUCGAUUAUGCGGAUCAGUUCAUUAGCUUUUCUUUUCAGACGUUUCUCACAUCACGAGAGGUCUUAAUGGCACUAAUUAAAGUUAGCGAAGAGUGUUAUCGAGUCUUACAGCUAGAGCUCUUUAAUGUGAAACCAGGUCGAAGUGUAAAGCUUGAAGAAUUUCAACAGCGACAGCAAACGCUUGAACGUACAGUUCUUAAAAUUAUUACGGACGAAUGGCCUAACAAAGUCGCAAAUAUAAUCAAGACAUCACUAGCAAAUGUCGGGAAAGGUUGGUACCACCUGCAGGAAACAAGACAAGACACAUAUGAGUUUAGCAAGCUUCGGUCGCUCCUUCGACGUAUCAACUUUUGUAUGAAAGACACGCUAAGGUCUUUAACUCAACACUCAUUGCGUCAAUUUCAUAGCUUUAUCGAAAGCGCUACACCCGAACAUGUGCACAUCAUAGAUGCCAAGACAACUUAUCUAACAUAUACAGAUUUGAAUCGCACACAACAUCUUUCGACUCCAACUUCGUUAUUUACAGUGAAUCUCAGUGUAUCAACAGAGCUCUAUGUCAUCAAUCAGUGUCAAAUAGACGCUGCACGUGCGAAUUCGUGUUCAAGUAACUCGGAAAAUUCGUCCGAGGCGAACUCAGACAACGCCGUAGAACGCAAGAUGGGGAAGAUCUUUACAUUCAGUACCAGUAUCUCAACGUUUAAGACUGCGGUACUCGAUAUGUUUAUCAAGAUGCUUGAUAAUUUGAGAAACAUUCGUCAAGUCGAACAGAUGGUCAUGACAAAACUUUUUUGGAGCAGUUUACCGUGUUUAUCAUAUGUCAGUGCGACUGAAGACUGGGUUCUCGCAUUACGAUUGAGUCUUGAGGCUUUGAUGGACAAGGCUGCUAUUCCUUUGCAAACGUACCUUAAGCAGUACGACCAGUACAUUUUAUUUCUCAAUGUUAAAGAGGAGGAGUAUCUUGCGCAAUUUCAAGCUUGCCAACCUCCGAAUCUCACUAUGAUUCAAGACGCAAUUAAGAAACACUAUCAAGAUGCAGUUGCUGUUGAGAGUCAUAUUCCUACUACAAAUGUUGAGCUAGGAAUGUACGCUGUCCAUUGUACAAGCAUUCGCUCGCUAUUAGCAGACAAGCAUCGACGUCUUGCAAGAAAAUUGCUUGAUAUACAACUUAAGAAUACGACAAAUCUAGCUAAAGAGCUUACCACAAGUUUUGAAAAGAUUUAUCGACAGCUACAAAAAAGUCCGCAAACUAUCGAAGAACUGACUGAAAUGAACGCAUAUUUAGACAGUGUCCCUGGACAUCUCACACCGCUGCUGACGCAAAGCCAACAGCUCAUCAAGUAUCGUCAAGUUUUGGACUAUUUUCAGUAUUCAUACGAUCGUGAUGAUUUUAUGACAAUUUGGAACGUGCGUCUGUGUCCACGGAAGAUCGAUGAGCAGAUGAAGCGGAUGGUGCAGCUGUUGCAGGUGCAAAAGACACAAUUUUCGGCUGAAAUGAUUGACCAGCAAGCAGAAUUUGCUGAGUCGCUACGCCUUUUGCAUAGUGAAGUUGAGGGUUUUCGACAAUACACGGACAUUACGCGUUUGGAUCAAGUAUACAAAUACGUGGUGGGCAUUGAGCAGAAGAUAAGUAAAGCCGACGAAGAGGCUAGUCUUUAUAACUCGCGCGAGAUUCUAUUUAGUCAGCAAGUGACGGACUAUAACGAAAUUCAGACCAUUCGACGCGCUUUUGAGCCGUACUCGCUACUCUGGAAGACAGCAAACUACUGGCUUCGAGAGCACAAGAAAUGGAUGGACGGUGCCUUUCUUGAUAUUAAUGGAGAAGAGAUUGAGACGUUUGUCGAGAGUAACUACGUGUCUAUUCAAAAGGCGUUGAAACAGUUUGAGAAACUCAAUAUCAAAGGCUGUUCCAAUGUGGCAGUUAUGAUCAAAGAAAACAUUGCUGAUUUUCGAACUCAUGUCCCGUUGAUAUUAGCCAUGCGGAAUCCAGGCAUGCAAGAGCGACACUGGAGUCAAUUCAAUCAAGAGAUUGGCAGCACGUUUCGACCAGAUCGAAGCAUGAAGCUUAGCUAUGUCUUAGACUUGGGUCUCGAGUCUCACAUUGACUCAAUUGCACGCAUAAGUGAGACGGCCAGAAAGGAGCAUGAAAUCGAAAAGUCUCUUCACUUGAUGGAAGAACAAUGGACGAAUCUCAUCUUAAAUGUUGUCGACUAUCGCGACACUGAAACGUAUGUUCUGAAAGGUGUCGAUGAGAUUCAAGCCCUUUUAGAUGAACAGAUCACGACAAUUCAAGCAAUGCAAUUUUCUUCAUUUAAAAAGCCGUUCGAGGAUAGAAUCAAUCGGUGGGAGCGUACGCUUAGCACUGUGUCUGAUGUACUUGAUGAGUGGAUCCAAGUGCAGCGUAAUUGGCUCUACUUGCAGCCAAUUUUUGACUCACCUGACAUCAACAAGCAACUUCCAGUAGAAGGCAAGCGCUUUGCGACAGUAGACAAGAACUGGCGUCAGACGCUAGCUGCAGCUAAGCAACGACCGGGUGUCUUGACGUUCUGUAACAAUGACAAGCUACUUGACCGUUUUCAAGAAAGCACUCGAUUUUUAGAGCAAGUUCAAAAAGGAUUGAGCGACUUUCUUGAGACUAAGCGAUCGGUUUUCAGUCGCUUCUACUUCUUAUCAAAUGAGGAACUGUUAUCAAUUCUGUCCGAGAGUAAGGAUGUUAAGCUGGUGCAGCCGCAUUUGAAGAAAUGUUUUGAGGGCAUCGUAUCGGUAGAGUUUCAGGAAGAUCUGACGAUAACGGCUAUGGUCUCUGCGGAAGGAGAGAAGGUGGCGAUGACAAGAGCUGUCGAUCCCGUUGGAAAGAAUGUUGAACAUUGGAUGACGGAAGUAGAAGAUAUGAUGCGUAUAUCAAUUCGCGACGUCAUGUAUCAAGCAAUUGAGGAUUACACUACUAUUUCACGCACAAAGUGGAUUCAAAAGUGGCCGGGAAUGUGCGUGUUGAAUGGAAGUCAGUUUCACUGGACAAGAGAGAUGGAAGACGAGAUGGAAAAGGCAGGAAGUAACGGUGUCAAGCGGAUGAUGGAGCGACAGCUUGCACAGCUUGCAGAUAUGGUGCAAAUGGUUCGAGGGGAUCUUGGCAAGCUUGCUCGCGUAAGUGUCGGUGCGUUGGCGGUUAUUGACGUGCACGCUCGAGAUGUGACGAUGCGUCUCCUGUCCAACAAUGUGAGCUCAAAAGACGAUUUCAUGUGGUCUAGCCAGCUCCGAUAUUAUUGGGAAGACGAUCUGUUUGCCGACAUGGUGUCGGCACGCCGUCCGUAUGGCUACGAGUAUCUUGGCAACUCGUUUCGCUUAGUGAUUACACCUUUGACAGAUAAGUGUUAUAUGACGCUUAUGGCAGCGCUACAGAUGACACUAGGUGGAGCUCCAGCAGGACCAGCUGGUACAGGAAAGACCGAAACGACAAAAGAUCUGGCCAAGGCGUUGGCCAAGCAGUGCGUUGUCUUUAACUGCUCGGAUGGUCUCGACUACAUUGCAAUGGGUAAAUUUUUCAAAGGAUUGGCUGCAUGUGGUGCCUGGGCGUGUUUUGACGAAUUUAAUCGCAUCAACACUGAAGUCUUGUCUGUAAUUGGCCAGCAAGUGACUACACUACAACUUGCAAUACGUACUGGCGACAAACGCAUACUGUUUGAAGGCUCGGACAUUGCUGUGAAUCCACAAUUCGGUGUCUUUAUUACGAUGAAUCCUGGAUACGCUGGACGUUCGGACUUGCCUGAUUCUCUCGCUGCGCUCUUCCGACCCGUAGCGAUGAUGGUGCCCGAUUAUGCGAUGAUUGGUGAGAUCAUGUUCUUUGCGUAUGGAUACGAAAAGGCGAAACAAUGUGGUGCUAAGAUGGUCACAACGUUUAAAUUAUGUUCAGAAAUGUUGUCAUCCCAAUCUCACUAUGAUUAUGGUAUGCGGGCCGUUAAAACGGUUAUCACUGCAGCUGGAAAUUACAAACGCUCGGAUCCGGACAUGGAUGAAGAGCUUCUAUUGCUGCGUGCUCUGCAGGACGUUAACUUGCCUAAAUUCCUCGCACCCGAUAUUCCGCUAUUUAGUGGAAUUCUUAGUGAUUUGUUUCCUGGUAAAAGCCGUCCACAGCUCAACCAUGGUGCAUUGAUUCGAGUCAUUAACGACACAAUUGAAAAGCAACAUCUGCAAAAACACUCGUUCUUUCUCAUGAAAAUCGUGCAGCUAUACGAGACACUAUGUGUCCGUCACGGUUUGAUGGUUGUUGGCUCGACGGGUGGGGGGAAAUCUGCUAAUAUCAACGUACUUGCCGAAGCACUUACCGAAUUAAAACAGCGUGGCGAGAGCGGUCAUGCAUUCGAAAAAGUGAGUCGAUAUCAAUUGAAUCCAAAGUCUAUCACAAUGGGUCAACUGUAUGGAGAAUUUGAUGCUAAUACGCACGAGUGGCAGGAUGGAGUCUUGUCGACACUAUAUCGUGAAGCGGCCAGUGAUACGACUAUGGACCGUAAAUGGGUCAUUUUUGACGGGCCUGUGGAUGCCAUUUGGAUUGAAAAUAUGAACACUGUGCUAGAUGAUAAUAAGAAACUGUGCCUUGCUAGUGGUGAGAUUAUUCAGAUGUCGAACGAAAUGACAAUGAUGUUUGAAGUGGAAGAUUUAUUGGUCGCUUCCCCCGCGACAGUGAGUCGAACGGGCAUGGUGUACAUGGAACCAAGUUCUUUGGGCUUUGAACCGCUUAUUGUAAGCUGGCUAGAAAAACUACAGCGGGAUGUUGGACUUGGAUCGGUCUCUCCUGUACUGGAGCUGUGCUUGCAACUUCAGCACCUUCUUGACAUCUACUUACGUCCAGCUCUACAGUUUGUGACGAGUAAUGUGAAGGAAUAUCUGCCUCAGAUAUCAUCCAAUUUGGUUCAAACUUUAUUACGAUUGCUUGAUUGUUUUUUCUUUCCAAUGCUAGGAGAAGAAAGGAAUGACAUUAAGCUGGAGCGAGUAGCAUUUUAUCUAAGAAAUGUUGAAAACCUUUUUCUUUUUUCAUUAGUCUGGUCCAUAGGUGCAACAGGCAAUGACAUGGGCCGUAAGCGGUUUGACGAUUACAUUCGAGAAGAGAUGGUUAGAAAUGACGUGAAGAAACCCUUUCCAACAACAGGUCAAGUGUACGAUUACUCGUUUGAUCUUGAAUCAGAGAGUUGGCUGCCAUGGCUUCAGACAAUACCUACAUUUGCAAUCGAUUCAUCGGCAUCUUUUUCCGAAUUGGUAGUCCCUACUGCUGAUUCAGUUCGAUCAACAUUCUUGAUGAACUUGACGCUUCCUUUGGGCGUUCACAUGCUCAUUGUUGGGCCAACAGGGACAGGAAAGACAAUUAAUGUUAAUCAGUUUCUGGAAAAGCUGAACCCCGAAACGUAUAUUCCAUUAAGUAUGGCAUUUUCGGCUCAAAGUAGUGCCAAUCAGACACAAGAUUUUAUCGAUUCUAAGAUGGAAAAGCGACGCAAAGGUGUGUUUGGACCGACGGCUGGUAAAAAGUUUGUCAUUUAUAUUGAUGAUCUCAACAUGCCGAAACAGGAGGAAUACUUUGCUCAACCACCAAUUGAGAUCUUACGUCAAUGGUUUGAUCAAGGAGGUUGGUACGACCGGAAAUUGCUUACGUUUCGAACAAUUAUCGACAUUGUAUUUGUGUGCUCUAUGGGACCGCCUGGAGGAGGUCGCAAUCCUAUCACUCAAAGAUUUGUGCGCCAUUUUAACAUUUUGGGCUAUACCGAAAUGUCGAAUGAGAGCAAAGCGGUUGUGUAUGAAUCUAUCGUCGGCAACUAUUUCGCUGGCUUCUCCGAGGACAUUCGACCAUCCGAAAUCACGCAGAAACUUGUUCAAGCUUCAAUUGAUAUCUACAACACAGUUAUAGACCACUUGCUUCCGACGCCAGCCAAAUCACAUUAUACCUUUAAUCUUCGUGAUCUUGCCAAAGUAUUCCAAGGAGUGCUGAUGGGAGAUGCAAAGCGAAUUACAAAGCUAGAGCAAAUGCUGCGUCUGUGGGUCCAUGAAAACUUGCGCGUGUUUAACGAUCGCUUUACAACGUCGAAUGAUCAUGAGUGGUUUGUCAGUUUGCUUCAGACUCAAGUAGCAAAUGUCUUUGGGAACGCACUGGGCACGACAACAAAGAAAGAGGCAUGGGAUCUUGUGCACCCGACUCCGACAUUGUUUUAUGGCGACUUUAUGGUACCAGGUGCCGACCCAAGAAUCUAUGAAGAGAUUGAUAGUCUCGACAAACUCCAGACUCAAGUAGAAGAAUAUCUAAAUGACUACAAUGCCGAGAAUAGCACUCCAAUGAAUCUUGUACUCUUUAUAAAUGCAAUCGAGCACGUAUCUCGAAUUUCUCGUGUGCUUCGACAGCCUCAAGGUAAUGCUUUGUUGCUCGGAAUUGGCGGUAGCGGUCGUCAAUCUCUCACUAGGUUAGCAGCUUAUAUGGCUGAGUAUUCUUGCAUGCAAAUUGAGAUCAGUAAAGGGUAUGGCGUAACAGAAUGGCGAGAUGAUCUCAAGAAAUGUCUGAUGAAAGCUGGAAUUGAUGGAAAACCGCUCGUCUUUCUCUUUUCAGACGUUCAAAUUGUGCACGAUGCUAUGCUUGAAGACAUCAACAACGUUUUAAAUUCAGGUGACGUCCCGAAUUUGUAUGCACUUGAGGAUCUCGAUCAGAUCAGUCAGCACUUUCGCUCCUAUUGUGUCAAAAAGCACAUUCCUCCUACAAAACUCAAUACAUUUGCUCAGUAUCUUUUACUUGUACGACAAAAUGUGCACCUUGUGCUUUGUAUGAGUCCUCUUGGCAGUCUCUUCCGCGACCGAAUUCGAAUGUUCCCGUCGUUAGUAAAUUGUUGUACGAUCGAUUGGUUUAGUGAGUGGCCAGCAGAAGCACUUCAGUCUGUGGCGGCCAGUACGUUGUCAUCAAGUGACAUCUUUCUUUCGAAUGAAUUCGACGAGGUCGAGUCCGUAGAAGCGACGACAACGAAUGCAGUUGUUUUAAGUGCUGUCGUUGGCCUCUUCCAAACUAUUCACCAAAGUGUUGAACAAGAGUCAAUUUUGUUUUUCGAUCGACUUCGUCGAUACAACUACGCGACUCCAACAAGUUACCUCGAGUUGCUACAUACGUUCAAGACCGUGUUGUUACAAAAGCGUGAAGAAUUGCAAUCGAAGCGUUCUCGUCUUCAAAAUGGUGUUGAUAAGAUCAUUGCAACCAAAGAACAGGUAGCAGGGAUGCAGGAGCAAUUGGUGGCACUCAAACCACAGUUAGAACAGACGCAAUUUGAAGUUGAAGAAAUGAUGAAACAGAUCACAAGUGACAAGAAAGAUGCUGACGAAACGAAAGCAAUUGUGGAAAAAGAAGAGCAGAGUGCCAACAAGAAAGCUGCAGAGACAAAGGAGAUUGCAGAUGAUGCACAGCGUGAUUUGGAUGAAGCACUACCAGCUCUUGAAGCAGCAGUGCAGUGUCUUAACAAGUUGAAAAAGUCCGAUAUUGACGAAGUCAAAGCGCUAAAGAAUCCGCCUCACGGAGUUAAACUUACAAUGGAGGCGGCGUGUAUCAUUUUUGGAAUCAAACCCGCGAUCAAAGCGGAUCCAGACAAAGCGGGACAGAAGAUUAAAGACUAUUGGGAAAGUGCCCAGAAGACAAUUUUGAGCAAUGCUAAGAAGCUAAUGGAGGAUAUGAUUAAGUUUGAUAAGGAUAAUAUUGGCGACAAGAUUAUUCAAGAGCUUGACCGGUAUAUUGAGAUGGAUGAAUUUUCUCCUGCUGCGGUUCGAAAGGCCAGUGUAGCCUGUGAGGCUAUCUGUAUGUGGGUGCGAGCUAUGCAUACGUACUAUAACGUAGCGAAAGUUGUUGAACCAAAAAAAGUUGUGCUUGCAACAGCUCAGACUGAGUUAGAUGCGACAUUGCAUGUUCUUGCUGAUGCCAAGGCACGUCUACAGGCUGUCGUAGAUCGUCUUGCAGAGCUUGAAAGCAAUUAUAAUAAUGCUGUGGGGAAAAAGGAUCAACUCGUGCGAGAUGUGCGGCAGUGUGAGCUCCGACUCGAGUCUGCACUAAAGCUCAUUCAUUUAUUAGGAGGAGAAGAGACGCGAUGGGCAGCGACGAUCCGUCAGUUGAAUGCUGAUAACACCAAUUUAAUGGGCGACGUCAUUAUCUCGGCAGCUACAAUCAGCUACUUAGGUCCAUUUACGAGCGAAUUUCGAGAAUCUUGUGUCUCAACAUGGUAUGCGGCACUAGAAGCGCUUAAACUUCCGCAUACGAAGGGCUGCAACAUCAUCACAACGCUUGCAGAUCCAGUGAAAGUUCGUAAUUGGCAGAUUGCUGGCUUGCCAUCGGAUAAUGUGUCGGUACAGAACGGGCUCAUUAUGGCACGUGCAAGGCGCUGGUCGCUUCUUAUUGAUCCGCAAGGUCAAGCGAAUCGAUUUAUCAAGAAUAUGGGAAAAGAUUCAUCUGAAAGCGGUCUAGAUGUCGUGAAACAGAGUGAUAAGGGGCUGUUAAAGACACUGGAGAAUGGAAUUCGUUUUGGAAAGUGGAUCCUACUGGAGAAUAUUGGAGAAAGUCUCGAUGCAACACUUGAGCCUGUUCUUCUUCAGAACAAAUUUCGUCAAGGAGGUCAAGUGGUCAUGAAACUUGGCGAUACUAUUGUGCCGUACCAUCCAGCUUUCCGUUUUUACAUGACUACAAAGCUGCCCAACCCACACUAUCCACCCGAGACGUCAGUGAAAGUAACGCUCCUCAACUUUACUAUAACCCCCAAAGGUCUUGAGGAUCAGGCUUUAGGAGUUGUCGUGCAUGAAGAAAUGCCCGAGUUAGCAGAAAAAAAAAACUCGCUUGUGGUAGCUAAUGCACGUAUGAAAGCAGAGCUAGUGGAAAUCGAGAACAAGAUCUUGUACUUAUUAGCCAAUUCCCAAGGGAAUAUUCUGGAUGAUACCGAGCUCAUCACUACUUUGGGAAAGGCUAAAGUGACGUCAGAAGAUAUUAACGAUAAGAUGGCCGAGGCAGAGUUCACAGAAGAGGCUAUUGACAAGUCUCGAGAACGCUAUCGCGACGUGGCAUUUCGUGCGUCUUUGCUCUACUUUUGUAUUGCCGACUUGGCACUUGUGGAUCCUAUGUACCAAUACUCUCUUUCGUGGUUCGUGUCGCUCUUUAUCAAAAGCAUUCAAAGUGCAUCAGCUAGUGAUCAACUUGAAUUGCGACUCACUUAUCUAAAAGAAUCAGCUACAUACGCGCUCUAUCGCAACAUUUGUCGCUCGUUAUUUGAAGAACACAAGUUACUUUUCUCGUUUUUGCUAACGAUUAAAUUAUUAAUGGGAUCGCAAGCGAUUGAUCUGCAGGAAUGGCGAUUCUUGAUCUCAGGCUCGAUCGUUAGCUUCAUUGAGGCGCCUAAUCCCGACCCGACUUGGAUUGAGACCCGAAUGUGGCGUGAAGUUUGUGCAUUGUCCUCUUUGUCAGCUUUUCAAACGCUUGCAUCGUCAUUAGCCUCCAACACAUCGCAGUGGCGCAAGGUCUUCGACUCGAUGAAUCCACAGACAGAGCGACUUUCAUUUGCAUUGACUCCGUCCCUCAAUUCGUUUCAAAGGCUUUGCGUUCUUCGCUGCAUUCGACCUGAUCGAAUGACAGAAGCCAUGCAGAACUUUGUUGUAGAGCACAUUGGUCGUCGAUUCAUUGAACCACCACCUUUCGAUCUUGUGGGCUCAUUUGCGGACUCUACUGUAGUCACUCCAAUCAUUUUUGUACUGUCCACAGGGUCUGAUCCAGCAAAAGAGCUGCUUGUGUUUGCAGAGACUAUGAAGAUGAAUCGAAAGCUCAAUUCGAUAUCGUUGGGCCAAGGCCAAGGACCUUUAGCGACGAGAAUGAUCGAAGAAGCCGUGACAAGUGGAAAGUGGGUGCUUCUUCAAAAUUGUCACUUAGCCACUAGCUGGAUGCCACAACUUGAAAAGAUUUGUGAUGAUUUAAACCCAGACACAAUACACCGUGACUUUCGAUUGUGGCUAACUAGCAAACCGAGUACAGCUUUUCCGACCUCAGUGCUACAAAAUGGUGUCAAGAUGACAAAGGAACCGCCAAAGGGAAUCCGUGCUAACUUACGAAAUUCGUAUAUUAAGCUCACAAAUGAUGCACUGAAUGCUACAUCCAAACCGGAUCAAUUCCGUAAACUUUUAUUCGGCCUGAGCUUUUUCCAUGCUGUCGUCAUUGAACGCAAACGAUUUGGUCCAUUAGGCUGGAAUAUCCCUUACGCAUUUAACGAUACUGACUAUGAUAUUAGUCGUGCUCAACUUGAAAUGUUUCUGGAUUUCUACGAUCAAGUACCAUAUAAAGUCUUGUGUGUGAUGACUUCGAUGGUCAAUUAUGGCGGUCGUGUCACGGAUGAUAAAGAUAUGCGGACAAUCGACAUCAUUCUUGAAGGAUUCUUUAACCCGCAGAUCCUACAAGAGGGACACUGCUUUUCUACGAGUGGCACGUACAUUUCUUUCGCGGCAGACCCUAAAGACCCACUAACAAGUUACUUAGGUUACAUUGAUAGUCUACCUAUCAACCCUGGGCCUGAAGUUUUUGGAAUGCACGACAAUGCCAACAUCACGUGUGCAUUAGCCGAGACGUUUCACACAUUUGAUGUCAUCCUGGCUCUCCAGCCACGUACUGCAGCUGGUGCUGGAGGUCAAUCUCAAGAAACACUCAUUGAACAGCAAGCUCAAUCAAUCAUAGAUCGUCUCCCGCCGCUGUUUGAUGUGGAAAACAUUAGUCUGCGGUAUCCUGUUUUGUACGAAGAAUCGAUGAAUACGGUGCUUUUGCAAGAACUGCAGCGCUACAACACACUCCUUCACAUACUUCAAGUAUCUUUACCCAAUUUGCAACGUGCUCUACGCGGUCUCAUUGUCAUGUCACCCGAGUUGGAGACGAUGGCGACCUCUUUAUUCAAUCAGAAAGUACCACCUCAAUGGGAAAAGAGAGCAUAUCCGUCAUUAAAGGCGCUUGGUGGCUGGAUUGAUGAUCUAAUCGAACGUUUAAAUUUUUUAGCCAAGUGGGUCAAUCAUGGGAUUCCGCCAAUCUUUUGGCUGUCUGGAUUCUUCUUUCCGCAAGGUUUCUUGACUGGCAUCCUCCAGAAUCAUGCCCGACAAUUUGGAUUGGCAAUUGACUCGCUUUCUUUUGCUUUCCUCAUGCAAAACCACUCACCUGACAGCAUCAAAACAAAGCCAGGAGAUGGUGGAUGUUUUAUCAUGGGACUCUUUCUGGAAGGUGCGCGAUGGGAUCGAAUCACCCAUUCGCUCGUGGAUCCUUUACCCAAAGAACUCUUUGCUCGAAUGCCUGUCGUGCAUCUCCUGCCAACUCCAGACCGUCAAGCACCUCAAAGCGGCAUCUACCGUUGUCCAGUUUACAAGAUCCUUACUAGAACUGGUACACUUUCCACAACAGGUCACUCGACGAAUUUUGUCUUCUGGAUCGAGAUUCCGUCAAAUAAAAAGACUAUUUUUCGAAACUCGCUUGUUUCGGAGACGAAUCUUCAGCUGCAAUUCGCUGAUCAGGACUACUGGAUUAAGGCUGGUGUGGCGUGCUUUCUCUCAUUAAUGUACUAG